GUACUUUCAUACUCGUUGUACGUCGAGAAGCCCCUCAGAAAGCGAGGUCAACUCCGCACAGGCUGCGGCUGACGGCUCCUUCACAUCUUUCCCGUGCCCACGGGUGCAGCCAGAUGCAAAAUAAAGCGCAUAGAUUCCUACUUCAUCAAUCUCUUCGUGUUUAUUUAUUCGUUUUCUUCUCUCCUGUUACUUUGUUUUGUCGUCGCGCGUGGCCUGCGGACACACACUCACACACGUAAUCUCCGUUUCCGUAUCGCUCUCGUCGUGGCAUCGCACCUCUCCGAGACCCACAGUCCUCAUAGAUCACUCUGAAUAGAAGCUAUACAUUCCUGUCCGUAUUGCAUUUUAGAUUUUCGUGGAAGUUUUAGUAAAAGUUCUAUGCUUUUUAAAACCUUUGCUUUUUCUCACCCAAGUCGAUACAGCACCGCUUUUGUUGUUGCUGUUGCUGCCCUCGUGUGUGUUUUUGUUUGUGUGCGUGUGGGCGUAGCCCGAAUUCUAUUUCGUUAGUAUUCUCUCUGUGUGGUGGUGGUGGUGGUUCGAUAAACGUUGGACUUCCUCUUGUUUUUUGUUUGCGUUUACGGGGAGAUCUUUUUUGGGAGAUCUGAGUCGCACCUCCACACCUUUUACAGGCCUCCCUUUCCCCCUCUCCAUCUUUUUUCUCCUCUCGAGCUUAACUCGCACUGAUGCCGCGGAAAGUCGGUGUACAGCGGUGCGACCAAGCCGUCUUUCCCUUCUCCGUGGCCGCUGUUCCCUCUUCCUCCCCCGCCGGGGCCUCCCCCAACACGGUCGACGACGCACACCUCCGCAACGACGAGGCUCGCCUGUACCUCGCCUUGAAGCGGGACGAGCGCGUUCGUGUGCUACAGCGCGAUCGGCAGAGCCACUACGACAGCUACGCCGCCCUCGCGCAGUGGUGUAUCGCCCAGCGCGAGGACGGCGCUGUGGGCCUCGUCCCCGUUUCCCUGCUGCAUCGCGUGCCGGGGGCCGCCUUUACCCUACGCAGCACGUCGCCAGCAGCAACAGCGACAGGACAGCAGCAGGGCGGCGUGUCAUCGUUGCAGCGACGAGAUGUGCGGGCACUUGAAACGAAGAGUUUGCUUCCGCAGGACACGGAUGGAGAAGCAGACGUGGAAGACGAGGUCCUCCUGAGACGGCGACGACAAACAAGUCUGCAAGACAGAGUACAAGCGCUCCAGUCGUCGAGCAGGCCCGUUAAGCUUCUGCUACAAGAAAAUCUACGGACGACAGCGACAGGAGCAACAACUCCCUCCUCUCCCUCUUCUUCUUCGUGCGGCCACGUCCGUCGACCAGCGCAUCGCAAUGCAACGACGUAUCCCCCUGCGGAGGGGGCGAAGGAUGAAGAUGUGGAGCGUGCGCAGCUGACGGACGAGGCAGCGCACAUGUCAGCAGAGCUGCUCUGGCUGCAGAGCGACGUGCUGCCUCGCUUGAGUGCCGCGUGUGAAGCUGCGCAGGUGAAGCUGCUAACCGAAGAAAAGGAAGAAAGAAUGAGGACGACGGACUCUCCCUCUCGCAGUUGGACCGCCCCGAACGCGGAGUGCGGCAUUGCGGCUGAGCAGCAGCGGCAACGCGUGGCGGAGCAGCUGACGGUGGCGCACGCGCUGAGGGCGUGGUUGGAACGCAAAGCCGCGCACAGCAGCGACAGGGACAGCAGUGGGGACGAUGAAAACGGCGUGUUGUUCGCCGCCGACGCGCACACGCACGCCGACACGGUGAAGGUGCUCUCCUCUCGUGAUUUGAAUCGCCCCUCCGGCGGCGAUAGUGACAAGCGCGAGAGCACGUGUUUCCCAGAUGAUAAUAAGAACCACGUUGCGUAUCGAGUGGACCACCUCUGCCGGCUCGUAGAGGAGGAGCGGGAGACGAUGCGGAGCUACCGCGAUCAGACGCGCGAGCUGCGGCAGCGUCUUGCCUCGCUCCAUCAGUUGUCCUCUGAUCUGGCGGCCGAAGAGGCGGCGCUGCAGCCGUCUGAGCUGGCGCUCAAGAUCGUCGUCGCGGCGCAGGCGGGGAAUGCGGACCCGUCCGCCGAUCCAUGGCCGCGGACGCUGCCGGGACUCACCGAGGAAGAAGACGAGGCUCUUCGCUCGUCCGUCGCGAUGCGUGACAAGUACGCCCGUAAGCUGCAGGCCAUCGAUCCCACCUGCUUUCGUGGACCAACAACAGCGGCGAAUAGCUUGGAUUUGAGUGACAUCAACGGUGGCCUCGUCAGCGCUAGAAGCUUAACGACAAGCACAGAGGAGAAGAAUCUCUUCUCCCGCCUGCUGGACACCCCCGAACGACCAGCGAACGCACCGGCAACUGACACGGCGACUGGCGCUGGUGUGAACACCCCUCUGUCGUACGGCUCCGCGCAGGUGGUGGAGCGGCUUCGAUUAGUCUUGGCGAAAGGUGAUGGCGAGUAUGCGCAGCUCCAAGCCAAGCUCAACACCCUACAGGAGUUCUGUGACACCUACGGCCCAACGGCGCGUGAAAUUGACGCGCAGCUGCAGCGCGGUCGGCACAUUCUGGCAAAGAAGCGCAACCAUCUCGCGCAGCUGUAA